AUGCAAAUAUUACGUAAAAGUAUGUUUCUCAAACUAGCAAUUCUAUUCAUAGCUACGAUGUUCUCAUCGGCUGGUAAAAUGACCCACUGGUCUGUGGGCAAUCUGAUUAUUUCUGAUCCAACAACACAAUUUCGACUUGAUAUGUAUUCUCCAAUAACACCUGGUUCUUAUCCGGUUCUUAUUUUUUUAACUGGUCUAGCAGGUUUAGUACCUACAACGUUCUAUCAUACAAUGGCAACAGCAAUUGCUGAACAGAACGUUAUUCUUAUUGGAAUUUCAAAAAUUGAAAAUAUAAAACCAGAAAAAGUAGCUUAUCAUGUGGCUAAAUUUUUCGAGUGGGUAGUAAAACCAGAUGAUGGUGCUGCUCGUCUUUUUGCUGAGCAUAAAGAUGUCCAUGGUGUUACACCAAAUAUAGACAAUCUUGGUUUUGUAUCACAUUCAUCAGGAGCUCAUCCACUCGGUCAAUAUCUCAAUACGACAUGUGGUCCGGUAAAAUUAGCUAUUAUGAUGAAUCCUGUUGAUGGAAUUGAUCCAUUUGGUAUCGUCCAAGAUUACAUCACACAUCCUCCAAAUCCUCUUCCAUUUCGAACACCAACACUGAUUAUCAGUAAUGGUCUAGAUAAUAUUCCGGUUAGUAAACUGACUCCGCCAUGCGCACCAAAUAAUAUUAGCAAUGACCGAUGGUAUUAUUCAUUAUAUGGACCUACAUUUCAUAUUAAUAUGACAGAUUAUGGUCAUGCCGAUAAUCUCGAUGAACCAUUUCAUGAGGCGAGUAAACUGAUGUGUGCAGCAUGCAAGGGAACUAUCUGUGAUCUUCUUCAAUAUAAAACUGACGAAGCGACAUUAAUUACUUCUUUUGUGGAUGCUAUAUUCGGUCAAAAUGUUCUACAGUUGCAAAUAAUUGAAAAUCCACAAUCUUUUCUACGAAGUCAUGUUUCAAACAAAUAUGAUCUACACGGCUACAAUUAUACGACGGGAGGACCAGGCGGUUUUUGUACGCAUGACGAAAUUAAUAACUGA